CAACCUCCUAUCUUCUACUUACUCCGUAUAGGCCUGCUAACUAAGUUAGGGUCAAGACACGACUUGAGUCUUGUAUGGCCUCUACCCUGGUUGAUCAAACAACCAAGCAUUCAAAGCACGCAUUCAGUUGAUUUACUCGUCUUGUCGCUCGAUACUUUCUCACUUAAUUCCAAUCCCCCUUCAAUUCUUUAAUUAGACUGCUGGUCAGUUGAUCUGCCUUCCAACUUUAUUCUCUCGAUCUCGACGACACCAAUCCCUCCCUCGUUCAAAUCAUUUCGGUCCCCUCCUCAAGAAUUCAUUCUUCCCAACCCUCGUUGACUCGACUCACCAGCAAUCAGCCCCUGCAUUCUCGGACGCUCCCCGAUCUCGUCAAUCUGGCUGCCCUGACUCCUCUCUCUCAGCAAGGGACAACUUGGCCCUUGUUGUGGAGAUAGCCUCUGAUUCACCAGCACCACCACCGUCAUCAUGCAAAGUGUUCAGCGCCAUUUUGGCAGGUACAUGAAGAGAAGUGCAGAUGAACACAACGUUGCAGUCCUCCUCAAAGAUUUCGAGGAUGCCGAACGCUUAUUAACAAAGAUUAUCGAUGCCUCAAAAGCAUGGCGUGAGUCGUGGAUCGCCAUCCUUACUCAUCAACACCGAAUCUUCGAGGAAUUCGAGACCAUUUAUGCUCCCAUCAUUGGAGCUGGCGAUGACUACCAUGGCCAUAUACCACAAGACACUCCAGAUCACUUGGUUCGCAGAACCAACAGGAUAAAGGCCGAUUAUGAAGAGUUGAAGAAAGACCUCACUCAAGACCUCACCCAAGUUGAAGAUCAAGUCAUCCGUCCCGCUCAGACCGCUAGAGAUCAUCUUCUGUCCAUGAAAAAGACAAUCAGAAAGCGAGAAGACAAGAAGCUCGACUUUGAGAGAUAUCAAUCCAGAGUCGACUCGGCCUCGAAGAAGACAAAACGCUCCGAGAGGGAAACGGCUGCCCUUGCAAAGGCCCAGUCCGACCUAUCCACCGCCACCGACGCUUACCAUGCUGCCGAUCACCAUCUACUUGCCUGCCUCCCCCCCUUACUGACCUCCAUCUUCUCCCUAACGCCCCAUUUCCUGGCAUCCCAGAUCAGUAUUCAAAAUGCCCUGCUUGGCCACUAUUACACCAUGUUGCAUGCAUUUUGUUCUGAAGAGGGUUUCCCCUCCCCCAGCCCUCCGAUGGAUGAGGUUAUUCGAAUCUGGGAUGACUCGUUCAAACCCAUUCAACACGAAGCUGAAGCGCUGUUGUUACUUGCUCACGGGAAAGCGAUCAGAUUACCAAUGGGGCUGGAACCGCCUCAAAACGGCCACGCUCAUCUUAAUGGACACCGACGUCCAAGUGCCACUUCGGCUUUCAGUCGAACGCAGUCAGUCUCUCCCGCCAGAGCGCUUCCGCCCCCUUCGCCGCAGUAUGAACUGAAACCCAAAAUCUCUUCUUCACCUGGCGGACUAGCCAUUCCUGGACCUCAGACCCCUGCCGAACCUGUCCACAGCCCCUCUCCUUCUCACUCGGCCUAUCAGACUCCAAUGUCCAGUUAUGCACCAGCAGGUCCCAACAGCGACUAUUUCUCGCGCGAUCGUCAGCCUUCCUCGACGUCGUUAUCAUCCAUUACCUCAGGCUUACUCCAGAAGAAGAGACCGCCCCCACCACCUCCUCCUCCAAGGCUCCCAUCUCAGCAAGCUCUUUUUGUUACUGCGUUGUACGACUUUGACGGACAAAGCGAUGGUGAUUUGGCUUUUAAAGAAGGAGACAAGAUUAGGGUUUUGAAGAAGACCGACAGCACGGACGAUUGGUGGCAAGGCGAGUUAAGGGGUGCCAAGGGGCCAUUCCCAGCCAAUUAUUGUCAAUGACAUGCCCAAGAUGAAAGUCCAAAACAGCAGGCCAAUCUGAGGUCUUUGAAAUACCAUGAAGCGAAACAGACUCGAGAACACCAUUCUCCGGGCCAAUACGUAAGCGCAUAACAAGGACCAUUAUCUCCUUACCCAUUUGCAGGGCAGGGCAGGGCAGCGUUGGCAACAGAGGCCUCGCGCAUUGACGCCAGUCUGUAUCGAACCUCGAUAGUCUCACCGGACAAAGUCACGACAUGACCAAAGAGUGGUAUACAAGGCUCAUAAAUGUUCCACAGUCUGGACUAGCGCUGAAAUGGAUAAUAUGGUGUCAAGAGACAGCAGGGUGUACCCCCACAAAAGGAAAUAUGGGCCAUGAGAUGGAUGAUCUUUACCCCUAAGAAUUGAUACGAGUCUGACGAACACAGUUUUCUGCAAAAACGAUUGAGGAUGACAGAUAGUGGCAUCAAGAAGUCAAAGACAUACGAGAGGACUGGAGACACAUUUUGCGACGGUGUGCAUAUUCGUGGACUGAAUGCUGGGAUGGAAAUGAUUCCGCAUUCCGCCCAACUCUCGAGGUCUUGGGGGCUCAGAGUGAAGGGCUUUGAAAACUCGUAGUUAUAAUCGUCUGAUUAAACUUGUCCCAGGUUGUGUGAAUAGAAUACAGACCAAUGAGAUGAUCUCUGAGCUACUUAGCCUGUGUGGAUUUCGGAUUUUCCCCCAAACUGGGAUAGGAUAGGCUGUCAUGGC